UUCUAGCGCUGACUCGCGGUGUCCGCGAGCGGGAGCCGAGGGAGAGUUGUGGCGGCCGUUGAUGAGAGAAUCAAGCCGCGACGUCCUUAGCAGUAACGGCAGCGAGCGGGGGAGAAGAGCUGCGUGAGCGCCAGACAGACGGGGGGACGGGACGGGACGCGUGCGUGGUUUCCCACUCGCAAAGGACAAAGAGCGAGCAUCCCAAAGACGCGCGAACGAGAUCCUCUCGACUUACAAAAGCUUGCCCUUUUUUCAAGCAUCUGGGCGCUGUGGCCCUGCCCCUUUCCGGAGCCGGAGGGUCCGGAACCGGUGGAUCACUCCUCCCCCUUGACUCUGGACCCCUAGAAAGAGAGACUGAAGAAUGAAAGUACUUUGAUGGGGAAAAAAGCUGUGGCCACAGGAUGGAAAUUGCUUCAUUUGAAGGGGACUCUGAUAGAGCUUCGCAUCAUGGUGAGAUCAAAGAAUGGCAAGGAACUUCAACUGCAGUAGCAAGCAGUGAUGAAUCUCAUACUUCUACUCCAGGAAAAAUGAGCCAGCAUCACGGCAAAGAAGGGUAUCUUACACCAACCAAAGAAUUACAGCAACUUUCUUUCAGUCCAGGCCAAGGCCAUGGUUUUGAUAGAGGGAAAGAUGAUGCUUCACAGAAUAAAGAUGAUUCCUCACAAUCAAUGUCAAAAAGUAAAUCAGAAUCUAAGAUAUAUAAUGGAUCAGAAAAGGACAUUCCUGCUUCCUCUCCCACUACCAAACUCACAAAGAAGGAGUCCCUUAAGGUUCAAAAGAAAAAUUACAGGGAAGAAAAGAAAAGAGCUACAAAAGAAUUACUUAGCACUAUCACAGACCCAUCAGUCAUUGUUAUGGCUGAUUGGCUGAAGAUUCGUGGUACAUUGAAAAGUUGGACCAAACUUUGGUGUGUGUUGAAACCAGGAGUAUUGCUAAUUUAUAAAACACCUAAAAAUGGCCAGUGGGUGGGAACAGUACUUCUGAAUGCUUGUGAACUCAUUGAGCGGCCUUCAAAAAAGGAUGGAUUCUGUUUCAAACUUUUCCAUCCUUUGGAACAGUCUAUCUGGGCUGUUAAGGGCCCUAAAGGUGAAGCUGUUGGCUCUAUAACUCAGCCAUUACCCAGUAGUUACUUAAUCAUUCGAGCAGCUUCGGAAUCAGAUGGUAGAUGUUGGAUGGAUGCAUUGGAGCUAGCUUUAAAGUGUUCAAGUUUGCUCAAACGUACAAUGAUUAGAGAAGGUAAAGAACAUGAACUGAAUUUAGCAGAUAGUACACAUGUGUCAUUCUAUGGCCUGCUACGUGCAAACAACGUUCACAGCACUGAAAGUUUCCCGUUAAAUGACAGUGAAAUUGAAAGACAUCAUUUUAAAGAUUCAGAUAUGUACUCUGAUAAAUCAGAUAGAGAAAAUGACCAUGAUCAUGAUGAGUCGGAUAAUGAUGGUUUGGUAGAAAGUGACACAGAUACAUCAGAGAGACAGGAUGAUUCAUAUAUUGAUCCUGAACCUGAUCAUGUAAAGGAAACAAUUUACGUAGAAGAAGACAGUGAAGAACUAGGGGAGGCAGGAGAAGCUUCUCAAACAGAGAUAGUUUCAGAAGAGAACAAGAGUUUGAUCUGGACAUUGUUGAAACAAGUACGCCCUGGAAUGGAUCUCUCCAAAGUGGUACUACCUACAUUUAUAUUGGAAACACGCUCUUUCUUGGACAAACUCUCUGAUUACUACUAUCAUGCAGACUUCUUAUCUGAAGCUGCCCUUGAAGAGAAUGCUUACAAUCGAAUGAAAAAAGUUGUGAAGUGGUACUUGUCAGGAUUCUACAAAAAGCCAAAAGGACUUAAAAAACCUUACAAUCCUAUACUUGGUGAGACUUUUCGUUGCUUGUGGAUUCAUCCAAAAACAAAUAGCAAGACUUUUUAUAUAGCUGAACAGGUGUCUCAUCAUCCUCCAAUAUCUGCCUUCUAUGUAAGCAAUCGAAAAGAUGGAUUUUGCCUUAGUGCUAAUAUUUUGGCCAAAUCCAAGUUUUAUGGAAAUUCAUUAUCUGCCAUUCUGGAUGGUGAAGGACGACUAAUGUUUCUAAACAGAGGAGAAGACUAUGUGAUGACCAUGCCAUACGCACACUGUAAAGGGAUUCUAUACGGCACAAUGACUUUGGAGCUCGGGGGAACUGUUAGCAUCACAUGUGAGAAAACUGGAUACAGUGCAGUCCUUGAAUACAAGCUAAAGCCAUUUUUGGGGAACAAUGAAAAUGUUAAUCAAAUAAUGGGGAAAAUUAAACUGGGAAAAGAAGUUCUAGCCACUCUAGAAGGCCAUUGGGACAGUGAAGUUAUUAUUAGGGAUAAGAAGACAGAUGCUUCAGAGACAUUCUGGAAUCCAACACCUGAGAUCAGGCAGCGCAGAUUAAGAAGAUACACAGUGAAGUUUGAGGAACAAGAUGACUUUGAAUCAGAGAAACUUUGGCAGCAUGUGACUCGAGCUAUAAAUAAUAAAGACCAAACAGAAGCAACUCAAGAAAAAUAUAUUCUGGAAGAAGCACAACGGAAAGCUGCCAAGGAAAGGAAGGCGCUAAAUGAAGUGUGGGUCUGCAGACUAUUUGAGCCAGAUCCACUUACAGGAGAAUGGAAUUACAGAUAUGCAGAUACAAGACCAUGGGAUCCACUGAAUGACAUGAUACAGUUUGAAAAAGAUGGCAUUAUUCAGACCAAAGUAAGACAUCGUACACCAAUGGUUACUGUUGCAAAAAUAAAACGGUCUGCUAAGUCUAAAAAAGAAGAAUGUGGCUUCUCUUCACCAGAGCCUGAUAAUCCAGACUCAUCAGGAAGUGAAGCACAACUCAAACAUAACACAAGAAUCCGAAAGAAAACAGUAGAUCUUGCUGAACUGCAAAGUGCCAUUGAAUCUAUAAAGUUAACACAGGAAGAUAUUCGGAGGGAUAUUACAGCAUUAAGAACACGAAUGACUUCAAGUUUGCCAACGCCAGAUAAUAACUUCUUUCAAUUCAAGCACUAUGUCUUCAUUUUGCUGAUGGUUCUCCUGCAACUUAUAAUCAAUUACUUAUUCAAAUAGAAUAUCUGGACAGAAGAAUAUCUAUGAAAUGGAAUUAUUACGGUCUUCAUGGGACCAUCUUUAAAGCUUGGUUUGGCUUCAAAUGAGGCAAUAUUAUCCAAGGGCCCAGAAGAUUCAGACUCAAAAGAUUGGGCUCAUAUGGAAUAGUGUAUUAUUCCAUCCUAGCCAGAUGACAUGGACAAUGCUUAUGUGCCAGUACUUCUUCACAUCUUCCAAAUGCUGGAUAACCGCCUUGCAUGUUCUAAGGUGUCAUAAACUAUUAUAAAUACCAAUAUAGAAUAUACCAGUUUGGAAUUUGAGGACCCUAUUUUGUUAUAAUCAAUCCCUAUUGGACAUGCUAGCAAAAGAAGUAAAUUUUGACCUAAGACUUUUCUUCCUAAGAUUAAUCAAUCUUACUUCAAUAUGAAAAUAAUGCCAAGGGAUAUUAAUUCAGAAAAUUCAAUAAUUGCAGAAAAAUGAAACUGCUCACCUGUUCAUGGUCAUUAAGAACAUGUGAGCUAUUAAUCAUUAACAUUGUAUUAACUGCAUCAAUUUUCAGGGAUAGUUAAUGAGGGGUUUUCCCUUAGGUUGUAAUAGUCGAUCUUUGCUAAUAGUAUUAGUCAGUUUGAGAGAAAGAAACAUUUCAGCUGUCCAGAGAAGUAAACCACUUUUGUGCCAAAGCAGUAUUUUGAUUCCUUUCUUCCCAAAUUGAAACUCUUAUUGACUGCUACUGUUUAUUUAACUUUAGGGAUACUAAUAAUGAGAUGCAGAGGAAUAGAAAGUGUACUAUUUAGGCAAUAAAAAAGGAAGCUAUUUUAAGUUAAUUAUAAAAUUCUUAAUGAUUGACCUCUGAGAUCCUAUCUGUAUUUUAAAAGUAUGUUAACAUUGGUUUUGUCCUUUCAGGUUACACAAUUUGAACAUAACUGCAUCUGAAUAUUUAUACUGUAAAAAAAAAAUGGGUAGCAACAUUCUUGUUCCAAGAAUAAGUGACUCUGGAAGGUUCAUCUGCUACUCAGUUUUUGUUUAAGAAAUAUUUGGUUUCAAAUGCCUCAGAAUAUAGCACAUUUACCCUUACUUUCUUUAUGCUAAAAUAUUGAGCUGUUUUACUGAGUCUCUGUAAGCAAAUUCACCAAAUCUGGAUUGGGCUGCAUUAAAUUUAAAAAGAUGUAUUAAAUUACAGCUACCGUUACUCCUGCUUUUCUGGUUUUUUUUAUAUUUAUAUAGUAUUUAUUGAAGACUUAUAGUCAAUUUACAGGGUAGCAAGAAGCAUAUAUCUUACAUGAUUUAUAUAUUUUAUAGCAAAUAUGAAGUUUUCAUUUAGAGAUACAUACUUUACAUUUGGUCAAUUCAGGAUUAUAGUACUCCCAUCCCAAACCUAACUGUUUUAAAGAUGUUGGAAUACUUCAAAAUGGAGUUUUAUAACACCUGGGAAUUACUUUCCCAACAUCUUCUGAUAAUAUCAGCAUGAAAAAGGUAGCUGUAACCAACAGUUACAGUUUCCUGCCUGCCUUAAAUUAUUAUGUUUUAAAAGUGCUACAGUUUAGAAUGAGAAAUGUAUUACCAUUGAAGUAAACUGGUUGAAUGCAGCCAUAAUUCAGAUGCUUUAUAAAUUGAUUGAAAUGCAGUCACUUAUAUGUAUGGUUUUAUGAAAGAAUAGCACAAAUAAAGUGCAAAUACAUAUGUUCUGACAUAUUUAUUUAUAUGCAUUUGGAGCAACUACCUAUCUGUACAUAAAUGUUCAGUGAUCGUAACUGUUGGAUUUAUUUGGUUUUCACUGUUUUGACAAUGUCUCCUAAUAUAAAUACCACAUUUAUGUCAGCUGAUAUUUCUUCAGUUGUUGCUGAACUAUUGUUCAGAUGCUUUCUUUUAAACAUUUCUAUUCCUUCUAAACUCCCAAACCAGUUGCAUUUUCAGUUACAUUGUUUGUAUUACCGGAGUCUAAAGCACUCCUGUGUCAAGCACAGCUCAAAAGCUUAACAUUUUUGUUGCAUCUUCAAGUAAGUUCCUUGUGUGAACUGAAGAAUCUGUUGCCUAACUAAUUUUUGUAUGAUAUGUCUGGUUAUGAGCCCAGUCAAUACAUUGUUUAUAUGAUAUUUAGUUUUAUGAAUACGAUUCUACAUUCUUUCAUUUAGAUUUUUUUCCUGUGUAUAGUAAUAAGGAAGCUGUGACCUGACAGUUUGUAGAAAUCUAAGGGCAGUAGUUUCCCCAUAAUGUUUAGUACUUAAAAGUAGAAAAUAAUCAGAAUUGUGUGUUGACUUGUUUGUGUGUUUGUUUUAAAAAAAAUGCACUAUAAGCCUUCAAUAUGCCAUGUAAUCAUCAAUAUAACUACAAUGAAAUGUGUUGUGUAAAAUAGUAAGUAGACUACUUGCAAUAUAUAAUUAUUGUAUCCUACGUUUGGCUGCUUUUUAACUUUUAGUUAUCACUUAAGAGUACAACAUACUCAUUUUUCAUGAAAAAGUUGCUUUUGACAACCAAUCUGUAAAAUAUAUCAAAUGAUUUUACAGCUCACUACCCUCCUGUGCCUUCAGGAAGAUCUUCUUGCCAACUCAAUAUUAAAUAAAUGGGACAAGAGUUAAAAUUGUUUUAUUCAACAUUUUGUUGUUUCUUGUCUUGAUGGAUGUUCUCAAUUUUUUGGCACCUUUUAAGAGUGGGUGAUCAGAUACUUGAGUAUUGUAACAGUGCCUUGAUGGAGUUCGCACAGCAAUGAGGUAUGUAUAUAUAAGUAUAUUUUCAAGGUUGCACCAUAUCUAUUCAAAAAUGUUGUGGUAUCAGUUACUUUCAAUAUUAAUUUGGGUAAAGUAUAAAAAGAUGUAUAAUUACAGAAAAAUACAUCAUUUUUUUUCUUUUGAUAACUAUGAAGGACCCAAUAUUGGAGUACAUAUUCUUGUACAAUGAAACUGCAAUGUUGUUUGUUGUUACUAAAAAAUAGCCAUAAUAAAAUUUGAACCACUAACAACCAGCUUCAUUUUAUUGUUUUAACGUGUGGAUUCUGAGCAAAAUGACUGAAGAUGAAAAUAAAAAUAUGUACAAUGUUUCAAUGGAAAAGACCUGUUCUAGUAUUUCCUUGUUUAGAUUAAAUAUCCACUUAUAUAAUGGAUGUAAAUCUUGGCUAUUUAAAUGAGUAGCCUUCCACUUUUCUUGAAAUCUUCAUUUUUUUGUUCGUGUUUCUGGAAUAAACUUGUUCUCAUUUUUAAUUCUCUUCUUUUUAUUUUAACACUCUGUUCCGAUUUUUAUACUGCUACACAUUUUUAAACUGAAAAUAAGCUAUUGUAUAUUAAGGACCAGUGUUUAGUCCAAUGCAUAUAAUACAUGUAACAAAAAAAUGUGAAAACAUUUACAUAUAUAUAUGUGUGUGUGUGUGUGUUUUCUUAAGUUUUGGUGGGUAUUCAUGAAGCCUGAUUAUGGCAGAUGGGAUUCUGCCAAAACAUUGCUACAACUUUAAAAGCACAACUAUAAU